GAGACCUGGAGGCAGAGUUACACAACUUCCCAUGGAUCCAAACAUCCAGGGGUCUUUCCUGUUCAACAACAGCCUGAACCAAUUCUCCUCUGACCUCAAGGCACCAGUGUGCCAGUACUCAGUACCCAACUCUUUCUACAAGCUCAACCCGGGCCUGAACAGCCAGCUGCAGGCAGGGACGCCUCACGGCAUCAGCGACAUCCUGAGAAGCUCCAUGAUGGGGAUGGGCUCCACGGGCACCACCACCCUGCUGUCCGGAUACUCCACCAUGGGGGGGUUCAGCCCCUCCGUCACCAGCACGUCCAUGUACUAUAACCGAGACUACAACUCGUCCCUGGGCGGCUUCUCCAAGCCCGGCGCCGAGUGCCUCAUGAAGGGUCGCAGUGUGAGCUGCUGGGCGGAGAGCGGCUGUGACUGGAGAGGAGGGAGGCAGCAGUGCACCAACAGUGAUGGUCCUCUGGGGGAGAUGUCAGGCAGGAAGAAACACACCAGACCAACCUUUAGUGGACAUCAGAUAUUUGCUCUGGAGAAAACAUUCGAGCAGACCAAGUACCUGGCCGGGCCCGAGCGAGCGAGACUGGCUUAUUCUCUGGGCAUGACUGAAUCACAAGUCAAGGUGUGGUUUCAGAACCGACGCACCAAGUGGAGGAAGAAGAGCGCGUCAGAGCCGAGCUCCACGCAGGCCAGCCUCCCGGGACAGGGCGGCGAGGCCUCGGAGAACGAGGUGGAGGACGAGGAGUACAACAAGCCUCUGGACCCGGACUCUGACGACGAUAAGAUCCGAAUGCUGCUGCGCAAACACCACAGGGCUUUCUCCGUACUGCGCCUCGGGCCACACCACGUCUGA